UCUUCUCUCUCUCUCUCUCUCUCUCUCUCUGAGUGUUGCACAGUGUUGCACAGUGUUGAAGAAGCACAAACAUGACGGGGAGACGACGACCACAGAGCCCAAUGAGCAGCCCCGCCUCAGACAACGACUGCAAGGCAGCCGGCGGUGGAGGGGAGAGCAGCCACCACGACGGCUGCAGCAAGGAGCAAGAUAGGUUCCUACCCAUCGCCAAUGUCAGCAGGAUCAUGAAGAAGUCCCUGCCUGCGAAUGCCAAGAUAUCCAAGGAGGCCAAAGAGACGGUCCAGGAGUGCGUCUCAGAGUUCAUCAGCUUCAUCACCGGCGAGGCCUCCGACAAGUGCCUGAAAGAGAAGCGCAAGACCAUCAAUGGCGACGACCUCCUGUGGGCCAUGGGCAGCCUCGGCUUUGAGGAUUACGUCAUCCCCCUCAAGGCAUACUUGAACAAGUACAGAGAAUCAGAAGGCGAAAAGAACACUUUUUCUGCUCCAAGGCAAGGUGAUCAAUCUCCAUCAGCAGAAACGUCGAUUAACAACGACAGCAACAGCAACAACAAAAAUGGUAGCGUUCACAACAAUUACUACUACCAUCAUGAUCAGGACGGAUCUCGAAGCAUCAGUCUCAUCGAUGUUUCGGGCCUUCAUCAUAGCCUUUUUCCUAUAUCGAUGCCAGUGAUUCACCAAAACUACGGAGGAGGAGAAGGAACAGGAGUAGAAUUACGGAGAGCCUCAGGAGGCAGGUGCUUUCCAAAUCCAUAGAUAUACGAGAAGCGCAUUACUGAUUGCAAAGGUUGGAUUUGGAGUCUGUUGCAUCAUAUUGCUGGAGACCUGAUCACCACCAUGAACGGACCAGGAUAAUGCAUCGAGUCAGUUCAGUGCUGAUGAUCCCUGGCGCGAGAGUUCAAUGCAUUAGGAUUAAUUUCUGAUCUUAGGUAUCUGCCAUGAUUAGGAUUGUACUGGAAUA